CACGCAGCUGAGGCUCGGCUCCGCUCUGCGAAACCGUGUCACUCCUAUGAUCGCCGUUUACCCGGCGCCGCGGUGACUCUGUCCGCAGCCCGUUGGUCUCCUGCCGCUUUCCGGAGAGUAAAACCUGUGCAAAAUGCUGACUUUCACGGCGCGACAGAAUUGUGAGACGGAGGAGUCAAGUGGGUCAGAUCUGAUGGAUAUUUACGAGUCGAUCAUGGAGAGGAAGAGGCACGACAGCGAGCAGUCCUCCUGCAGCGUGCUGGAGUACCACGACCUGGAGGCCGCCGAGGCGCUGGUCUGCAUGAGCUCCUGGGGUCAGAGGUCGCACCGACCGCGCCCUCUCACCCCCACCUCCGACUCCUGCGACUCCCUCCUGCACCCCGACCCUGCAGACCCCCCGAAGGAUUUCGUCUCCCUCUCAUCACUGUGCAUGACUCCACCUCACAGCCCCAGUUUUGUAGAGAGCCCGGUCGGCAGCAGCAGCUCCCCGGUGUCAGUGUCGGGACAGAGACCCAUCCCGUCCAGACUGUGCUCCAGCGUACCCCGCCGCGGGCCUCCCCACACCAGCCUGCGGCCCGCCACGGUCACCAUGGCAGAGCCACGCCCCCCCAUGCUGCCCUGCAGAGCCAUGGCAACCAGCGUCAUCCGCCACACUGCGGACCGCACACCGUCACCCGACACCGCAGCCACGCACACUGCCCCGCCCACACCCGCCAGCACCCCCCUCUCCCCGCCCCCCUUGCCUAGCCCCCCUGUUAUCUGCCAGAUGUUCCCGGUGGGCGGGCAGCCCGGCAUGAUCUCCGCCUUCAUCCAGGGCCCUGUCCAAUCGCAGCGCCCGCAGCCCAUCCUGGUGGGGCCUCCCGUCCCCCAGGGGGCAGUGAUGUUCGUGGUGCCGCAGCCGCCCGUGCCCCAGGCCCCGCCCUGCCCGCAGGCCGUGCUGACCCUCGGCAACACCAAGCUGCUGCCACUGGCGCCAGCGCCUGUCUACAUGCCCCCGGGCCAGAGCAGCGGGGCCGCCCAGGCCGACCUGUCCCGCCGCCGAAACUACGUCUGCAGCUUCCCCGGCUGCAGGAAGACCUACUUCAAGAGCUCCCACCUGAAGGCCCACCUGCGCACCCACACAGGGGAGAAACCGUUCAGCUGCAGCUGGGACGGCUGCGACAAGAAGUUCGCCCGCUCGGACGAGCUGUCUCGCCACCGGCGCACGCACACGGGCGAGAAGAAGUUCGCCUGCCCCGUGUGUGACCGCCGCUUCAUGCGCAGCGACCACCUGACCAAGCACGCCCGCCGCCACAUGAGCGCCAAGAAGGUCCCGGCCUGGCAGGCGGAGGUGCGUGACCUGGGCAAGAUGGGUGCGGGCAAGCCGCCGGCCGCCGCCCCCGCCACCCUCCCCCUCAAUGUGCUCGUACCCGCCUCAAACUAGCUCCACCCCUCCCUCAGCGGCCAAUCGGCUGCCUCAGGACUCACCCCUCACCGGUCGCCACGGUGACCAACACAAA